CAACACAAAAGAUAAACAUUCAAGGAAUGUAGGCUCAACAGUUUUAUACUAGGCCCGAUAAGGCCCAAUAAAAGAAUAUUUUCAGUCAGAGUGUCACAUAAUAAAUACAAAAUCUCUAUACAAUGGUUUGCUGCUUCCAUCACUCUCUGUUUCCCCUGUUUUCGAUUGAUUGUUGUUGAGAAGAAGAAGAAGAAGAUGGUGAGAGGAAAGAUUGAGUUAAAGAAGAUCGAGAAUGUGAACCGUCGUCAAGUCAGUUUCACCAACAGACGCAAAGUGUUGAUGUUCAAGUAUGGAGCAAAUUCUAUCUAGAUAUGGGUACAUUGCUGCUGAUCACAGACAAAGAGAAGAAUCUAUGACGAGUGAAUUUAAGAGAUUACAGCUUGCAAUCGAGAGAGUGAAGGGUAAGGAGCUUGAGGGUAUGAGUUUCUCGGAUCUUAUUUCUCUUGAAAGCCAGUUGAAUGAUAGUUUGCUUAGUGUCAAAGAUCAAAAGACAAUCUUGCUCAACCAGGUUGAAAGAUCUCGGUUACAGGAGAAAAGAACAUUGGAAGAGAACCAACUUUUGCGCAAACAGAUAGAGUCGAUGGUGGGGAGAGGUUCAUCAGGACCACAAGUAGAGCCUGAGAGCUCUUCAUCAGAUGAGAAUGACAAAGAGGAUCACCAUUCUGGCACUUCCUUGCAGCUGGGGUAAGAUGUAAACAAAAGCCCUACCUUGUGUUCCAAGCUUUUUCCUUUCUGUUGAAUUAACUUGUGUUUUUUUUUUGGCUUCCUUUGAAGCUGGGGAAAGAGAAACAAGCUGAAGAUCUAACGCCCUGCGAUAACUCUGGAAGUGCAAGUGUCUUCUGAUUGAUCGAUAUCAAUCACUCUCUUAGUUUAGCUGUUUGGUAUUAGAGAGGUUUUAUUGUGCAUUCUUCUUUGUUUAGUAUAUAGAUUUUGUUUUUAUGUUUUCACCAGAGCGCGAGCAUUUAUGGUUACCCUAAACGAAUCAUAAAAAUCUCAACAAUAAAAAAUAAAAAUAAAUAUUUUAAUAGAGACGAACAUAUAAAUAAUUAAACUAAUAAAAAAUUGUAAUUAUACAACAAGAUUUUUUAUAUUUAUUAAAAAUAUUAAUCAAAUAUUCAUCAUUAAAUAUUCUAGUUAAUUUUAAGAUAAAAUAAUUAAAUUACUCAAUGUUUUAUGCCAUAAUCAUACAAAGAUAAAAUUUGACUAACUUUAGCUUUAAUAUUUCAAAAAUGCAUUCAGACCUAUAAUCACUAAUAUCUAAUUAUUUUAGUUAUUUAACAGUUGUUUACAUUGUUUCUUACUUAGGAAACUCAUGCGUUCGUUAAUUAUAGGCUCAUGUUUUUAAUCAAAAUUAUUAUCUUGCUUUCGUUGUAUAUACUCCAAUUCUAUUGGUUAUAUUAUGAAUGGUAAUAGUCAACAGAUGAUGCCUUUGGAUCUUUAUUUACUUUUUGCUGCCAUAAGCGAAAGUUUCUUUUUUCAACGCUGUGGCACGGCACUGGUUUUCACUCAGGUAAUCAACAUUAGUUUCUCAUGUUAACGUUUCCAGCAGAGAAGAAACAGAACAUAUCAAACACCAAGGUGAGAAUGAAUCAGGAGAAGAACAAUUUCCCCUUUUUUUGCUA